UGCCGAAGUCAUACACGUGCGCGAAAACUUAACCGAAAUCUUGCGAGACGCGAUCGUCCUAACAUAUUUAUAUAGUGUCAUCGUAUCGCGUAAACAAUAUUUUUUGUUUAAAAUUAUUAUUAUUAUUAUUAUUAUUAUUAUUGUCGUGUUUUAAAAUUGACCAGCGGCCGUUGUUCACUGCAUAUCGUCACAUUAUUGUUAUACCCACGGAAAAACGAUCCAGUAACCAUAAUAUUAUAUUGAGUGGCGGUAAUUAUCCCUCGCAUUGCGAUAAGUUAUUCAAAAUUGGACGCACAAUAGGACGAUAUAUACUAAUUCUUGAGACAUGACUUGUGGUAUAGAAUGUAUCGACAAAUGGCUGACGAAAGCAUUUUACAGGCUUGGCCUAGUAGUUGCCAAACAUCCAGGGUACUUUCUUAUGGUACCUGUAUUUUUGACAGCCAUCUGUAUCACCGGAUUUCAACGAGUUAAAUUCGAAAUUGAUCCCGAAUAUUUGUUCAGUCCCGAACAAGGACCUGGCAAGACCGAGCGAGCGAUUGUUGAAAGUCAUUUUAAGAUGAACUAUUCGUCACUUUUCAAUCCGACGCGGAUCACCAGACCAGGUCGAUUUGGUCGAGUAAUUGUUAUACCUAAACGGGGUGACACAAUGUUAUCAGUUGAAAUAUGGAAAGAGUUACGAAUACUUGACGAUAUUAUCAGAAAUGCUUCAAUCACUUGGGGUCCAGAGAACACUGUAUAUAAGUAUGAUGAUAUAUGUGCUCGGUGGAUAGACCAGUGUUUUCCGAAUGACAUCUUAAAUCUAGACUAUGUGAUGAACGAUGUAGUAAAUGGUAGCUUGAAACUGACGUUUCCUAUAAUGUUUAAUCCAGUUACGUGGGACGCACAUACGUUUCCUGUUUACUUCGGUGGUACUGAAGUAGAUGAAGAUGGAUUGAUUACAAGAGUACCGGCGUUACAACUAGUUUACUUUAUUACAGCUGAUACUAAAGCACAAGAUGAAAGGGGUUCGGUGUGGGAAGAGGCGUUUUUGAACGUGGUUGGCAAGGCCGAAGACUCUGGACGGUUUAGUUAUAUAUCUACAGCUCGCUUUGGGUCCAGAACGUUGGAUAUCGAGCUGGAAAAUAACACCAGAACGGUAGUGCCAUACUUCUCAUCGGCGUUCAUCUUGAUGGCCGUCUUCUCUGUGGUAACGUGCAUGAUGACCGACUGGGUGCGCAGCAAACCCUUGCUUGGGCUCAUGGGCAACGUGUCCGCCGCAAUGGCCACAAUCGCCGCGUUUGGCUUUGCCGUUUAUGUCGGAAUACCGUUCAUCGGCAUAAACUUUGUGUCACCAUUCCUUAUGUGCAGCAUAGGCAUCGAUGACACGUUCGUCAUGUUAGCCGCGUGGCGAAGAACUCCUGUCACCAUGGACGUACCCGAGAGAUUGGCAAGAACGCUAUCCGACGCCGCCGUAUCGAUUACCAUCACCUCGGUCACGGACAUAGUGAGCUUCUGCAUAGGAAAAUUCAGCCCGUUCCCGGCCAUACAAAUAUUCUGCUUGUAUUCGGGAUUUGCCGUCUGCUUUAUAUUCAUAUGGCACCUGACGUUCUUUUCCGCGUGCAUGGCUAUCGCCGGAUACGCAGAGCACAAUAACCGUCACUCCAUCACGUGUGUUAAAGUCAAACCGGUGUCGAUGUCAGACAAAGAAUCGUGGUUGUACAGAAUGUUCUGUUCGGGGGGAGUAAAUCCCAAGGACCCAGGAAAUCCUCGAGACAACCCAGACAACGCGAUCAUGGUUUGGUGCCGAGACAGUCUGGGAUGGGCAUUGAACCAGUGGUACAUAAAGAUAAUGGUGCUUUUAUUGUUCGCCGGAUAUCUGGCGGGCGCGCUUUACGGUACCACCACCAUCCAAGAAGGACUGCAAAGGAAAAAACUAUCCAGGCCCGACUCGUACUCCAUCGAGUUCUACGAAAGAGACGAUUUUUAUUUCAGAGAAUUCCCUUACAGAAUUCAGGUAAUAAUUUCCGGGGAAUUGGACUACUGGGAUGUAGACGUACAAAACGAAAUAGAGAACUUGACCAAGACUUUCGAAAAUUCGUCGUUCAUAUCCAGUCCACUGUACACAGAGUCUUGGGUGCGAUCGUUUGUGAAUUAUGUAAAUCGAAACCAAGAGGAACUCAACGUGACUAUCGAUACACGUGAAGCAUUUUUGCAAACACUGAACGACCUGUGGCUAUUCAAACCAAAUCCAUUCUCUUUGGAUGUAAAGUUUAACGACGACGGUACCAAAAUCGUAGCUUCUCGAUUCAUGAUACAGGCGGUAAAUAUUAGCGACGGUAACAUGGAAAAAGAUAUGGUGAGAGAAUUGCGGAAAAUCGCACAUGAAUCUCCAUUAAAUGUUAGCGUUUUCCAUCCGUACUUCGUAUUUUUUGAUCAGUUUGAACUCGUUAGACCCACGUCGAUCCAAUCCAUGGUGGUGGGCGGGGCGACGAUGAUGCUUAUUUCGUUCCUGUUCAUACCGAACGUGCUGUGCUCCCUGUGGGUGGCCUUCUCAAUCGUAUCCAUCGAAUUGGGCGUAGUUGGCUACAUGGCCCUGUGGAGCGUCAACCUGGACACGAUAUCAAUGGUGAACCUGAUCAUGUGCAUAGGAUUCUCAGUGGACUUCACCGCGCACAUAUGCUAUGCCUACAUGUCGUCCGGGGCGACGCGUCCCGAAGAACGGGUCCGGGAGAGCCUGUACGCACUGGGCCUGCCGAUCAUCCAGGGCGCUGUUAGCACGGUGCUGGGAGUGUCGGCCCUGAUACUGGCCGGCAGUUACAUAUUCAUGGUGUUUUUCAAAAUGAUAUUUCUGGUGAUCGUGUUCGGCGCCCUGCACGGCAUGAUUCUUCUGCCGGUGCUCCUGUCGCUGUUCGGUCCGGGCGCAUGCUGCGGCGGUGGCCGCCAGUCGCGGAAGUCUCGCCGCCCGUCCUCCGCGGCAGACGAUCGCAAGUCGGUGCAGAAGCUAGCCGGAAGCUACAACAACAACGGCGCUGCCCGCGGCCCGUACUGCAUACCACACCCGUCACUGCUGCAGCAGCCGGACUUUGACGAAGCGGAUAGGCGGUACCGUGGCGGUGGGUCUGCGGUCAACAAACCGUACGCCGCAAACCCGAGGCCCGACAAGGACAUGGGGCUGGGUACGUCGGAGGACUCGAGCGAGAGCAGUUCGUCGAGGUCACAGCGGCGCCGGUUGAGGGAGGCGGCGGAAGACGAGGCGCAGCGCCGCAAGUAUUUGGACGGUUGGCGGAAGGCCACAGGCCACUCGAUGCCGAUGAUGCCCGCGAGGCCUACAAGCUACGGGCCGCCCUCCGCCGCCAAUAAUAACGACAUCGGUUACGGUCAACGGCAUUUCGGUGGCGGCGUCGACGGUUACUAUAACGGCCGACCGACCGGGCCCGGUUAUCAUGGCGACGAACGGUCGUACAGAAACGACAGCCGCAGAUAUCAUUAGGACUUACUCGGACGUCUUGUCGUCCACAUCUACUUCUUAGUGUGCAGCCCAACGCGUUCGGUAUUUCCUAGUACGACUCCGAGCCCACUGACGUGGGUUUUUCUGGGAAACGCGACGGUUUCGUGUUUCAUGUAAAUAUAUGUUAACAUUGCCAGUGAUUUCUCUUGUACAUAAUAAAUUCGUACAACGAGAGAGACAUAUCAUCAUAUAAAUACUCUAUCUAAAUGAUUAAACAAUAGAUGAUUUUUUUUUUGUGAUCGAUUUAUGUUAUUGUAGUCAUUAUUGUUUUUCAAAUUGCUCAAAAGUAAAAUUAAAAAAUGAUAUCGAAGUCUAUCAAGUAUAGGCGGUAUGUAUAAAUAUAAAUGGUGUUAUAAAUUAUUAUGAUGAUCAUAGUUAUUUGUUAAAAUUUAUUUUAAGGCAC